AAAACAACCCUUUCCUUUUUCUCAUACAAACGAAUGAAUGUUUGUUCGUUAGUAACGCUUAGAGAACGGCUGAACCAAUAUUGAUGAAAUUUUCAGAGGUUGAUCAUUGUGGAUCAAGGAAGGUUUAGAAAUAAAAAUAUCUUAUACUUUUCAUGAAAAGUUGGAAAAUUGGAUAGUUCCAAAAAGUAAACAGUUUUUUCCAAACACAUUUUUUUUCAAUUUUUGUUUGUUUUGUUUUUUCAAUAUUUUGAUUUGUAAAUUAUUUGAAUCGUUCAAUUUCGGUCGCUUGCUUUUUUAUUCCGGCUAUUUAAAAGAAAAAUUUUUGAAAAUUAUUCAGUGAAAAUUUUCAAUAGCAAUACUGGCAACAUGUGUAUUUAAAUAUUUUGAAACGGACAGACGAAUGAAUUUUUGUUAUUUAUUAUUACUUUAUAUGCACUAAUACGCUCUACUCAUUGAUUUUAAUUCAGGUUUUUGCAGUUUUAUUAGCAACAAAUUUAUAAAUUUGUCUCCAGUUUCAUUGAAUAAGUGUGUUUAAAGGUUUAUCGUGGUGUUAUUUAUAAGAAAACUAUUUACAUUAAUUACUUACAGUUUGUUUGCAAAAGCAAAAUAGUGUAUUUUGUGUAUUGGAGGUUAAUUGUCGUGUUAAUGAUUUAAAAGAAAAUGCCACCAGUAAAGCGUCACAUUAUCGGUCGGCGUACGCGUAUACGUAAUGCAAGUCGAGUGCAUAAUCUUCGGAACAAUUAGACCGAUGAACAGCGUAGGCAGCGUUUGGAGGCAAACAGAGUGCGAAUUUCAGAAGUGAGAUCUACAACAACUACGGAAGAAACUAUACCAUCGACUUCAGGCAGGAGGCUACAAAGCAGACGAUCAACCGGUACAAUUAAGUAUGAACGUUUGGCGCUUAGAUAUGAACCAAUAGUUAAUUAUGCCGGCGAUGAAACAGUCAAUAUUGGGACAAUGACCUUUAUUUGUCAAUAUUGCAAUGCAUUAAAGUUUCCAUUAGAACCGUCAGGAUUAUGUUGUGCGAAUGGAAAGAUCAAAUUACCACAACUAACAACACCACCUGAACCACUGAAUUCAUUACUUUUAGGACACGAACCUCUAUCAAAGCAUUUCUUGCCGAAUAUUCAAAAGUAUAACAGUGUCUUUCAAAUGACAGCAUUUGGUGUAAAUAUAAUUGAGGAACGCGGAUUUAAUCCAACUUUUAAGAUUCAAGGACAAAUUCACCACCGUGCAGGAGCAUUGUUGCCAUCAGUUAAUGGCGAAUACAAAUAUCUUCAGAUUUAUUUCCUUGGAAAUUCUGAAACUGAAAUAAAUCAGCGCUGUGGCAUUAAUCGAGCAACUAGACGAGAGAUCAUUGUGCAACUGCAACAACUAUUGCAUGAACAUAACCUAUUGAUUCAAUUAUUUAAAAUAGCCUUAGAAAUGAAGCCAACAGAUGAUCAUAAAAUAGUAAUCAGAGCAGACAAAAGACCUGCAGGUGAACAUGAAAGACGCUUCAAUGCACCUGUGUUAAACGAAGUUGCUAUUGUAGUGGUUGGAGAGAAUAUGGACUCUCGAGACAUUGUAAUUCAACGGCGUGUUGGUGGCAACCUUCAGCGUAUUAGUGAAACACAUCGUUCAUAUGAUGCAUUACAAUAUAAUUAUUAUGUUACAGGUUAAGAAACAAAUAAAAAGCAGAAACUCAAA